AUGGCCUUCGAUUUGAGCUUCGUUCUGCCUUUGUUUUCUGCAGUUGUUGCAUUGGCUCUUGCUAUUGUCUUUUAUAACUUCACUAGCUCAAACAAUAAAAGCAAGAAAAAUUUACCACCGGGAGAGCUGGGACUUCCUUGGAUUGGUGAAACAUUAGAAUUCCACAAAGCCCAAAAGAAUAACAGGCUGUACGAGGAGUUUGUUCAACCAAGAAUCCAAAAAAAUGGGAAGACCUUCAAAACUAGGCUGAUGGGGUCACCAACUGUGGUGGUAAAUGGAGCCGAAGCUAAUAAGUUCUUUCUGUCUAAUGAAUUCAAGUUGGUGGUUAGCUCAUGGCCUACCUCAUCUGUUCAGCUCAUGGGCUCUGAUUCUAUCAUGGAGACGCAAGGGGAUGCACACCGUUGCGUCCGAGGAAUCAUUGCCACCAGCCUCAGCUGUUCUGGGCUGGAGGCAAUGGUGCCAAUGAUAUGCAACACAGUUCAGUCGCAUUUGGACGAAAAUUGGAGAGGUAAGGACGUUAUCAGCCUGUAUAGACUAACCAAAACUUUGACAUUCACCAUUGUGCUUGAAUGCAUGCUGGGAAUUGAAGUCCAACCAGAAAUGUUGGGAAUGUUUGAGAAAGUCUUGGAAGGGGUUUUCUCUCUCCCAUUUAGGUUCCCUGGAACGGCAUUCUCAAGGGCAAAGAAUGCAAGAAUUGAGGUAGAGAAGAUGUUGCUAAAUAUAGUGAGAAAAAAGAGGGAAGAAAUUGCAUUCCAGCAAGUAGUAGAAGGAGGAGGAAUGCUACUUUUCAGGCUGGUAAAGGCGAUGAUUCAAGGCGAAAUGAGUGAGAAGGAAGUGGUGGAUAAUAUGGUUCUGCUAGUUUUUGCAGCACAUGAUACCACUUCUUUUGCCAUUACCAUGACCUUUAGGAUGUUGGCUCAUCAUCCCAACUGCUACUCACAACUUCUUCAAGAACAUCUUGACAUAAAGGACAACAGAAGACCAGGUGAAACCUUAACACAUGAGGACAUAAAGAAGAUGAAUUAUACUUGGCAAGUUGCUAGAGAAAGCAUGAGGAUGUUUCCUCCUAUUUUUGGCUCGUUCAGAAAAGCGAUUGUAGACAUUGAAUACGACGGAUUUACGAUUCCAAAAGGCUGGAAGGUGCUCUGGACUGCUUAUGGAACACAUUAUGAAUCAGAGUAUUUUGAAGACCCUCUGAGAUUUAAUCCAAGUAGAUUUGAGAUCCCUGUUCAGCCUUAUGCUUAUCUUCCAUUUGGUGGAGGGCCAAGGCAGUGUGCUGGAUAUCAAUUAGCCAAGUUAAACAUCCUAAUACUGAUACAUUUUGUUGUUACACAAUAUGAAUGGUCCUUAGUGAAUCCUCAGGAACCCAUUGCUGUGGAUCCUCUACCAUUUCCCUCUCAGGGAAUGCCCAUUAGAAUUUCUCCCAAGUUGUCAUAG